AAAAUAACACCAUUUCCUUUGACAGGUGGUAGGUAUAGAAUAUAGUGCAUUUACGCUAAUUCCAAACAUCAAUCAAUAAACACAUUGAUGGUCCAGCUGUAAAUGAAAUUCUAUAGGUAGAAAAACCACUGACCCCAGCCCCCGAAGGUGCUGUCCUGCUGUGGAAGCCCUUUGCUCAGUUUUCUCCUGUCCAAUCAGGUGGAAUGUUUCACAGGCACAUGGUUGAUACAGCUCAAAAUAACUUGGGACCUGUGAGCUGACAAAUGCUCUGGCUCCGGUGGUGACAGGUUGCCCAGCUUCUUACAGCCAUCUUCACCGAAAGUGAGGUUAACUCCUCGUUCUCUAUGGACAGCUACUCUCUCCUUCCAAGGGCGUGAAGAAAUUUCCUUUUCUCCUGUGUUUUCCUCGAAAACUUCUCCGUGAAUAAUUACCAUCGCAGUGGAGUGCCUGGGUUGAACUCUCGCCUCAUCUGGGUCACCUAAAAAAAGAAAGCAUGCAAGACGACAGCCUAGAAGCCUCAACUUCCAUAUCGCAGCUUCUCAGAGAAAGCUACCUAGCUGAAACCAGACUUCGCGGGAGCGAGGAGAGGGGUCGAGCCGAGCCUUCCUCCAGUCCUUUCCACUUCGGCAGUCCUGCGGCUGCGGAAGGAGGAGGCCAAGAAGACCUUCCAGAUCUUUCAGCCUUUCUGAGCCAAGAAGAACUGGAUGAAAGUGUCAAUCUGGCAAGACUGGCCAUCAACCACGGCCCUUUGGAGAGAUCCGAAGACGGUCCAGCUGGGAAGCGGCCGUCGGAUCAGAUCAAGCAUUCACCCAAAUCCAGCUUGGAGCCCCGGUGCUGCCAGGAGAGCCCCCGAAUUGCCGCCAGCUCUCGGGAGAGCCCCCCGGACACCAAGAGGCCGCAGUACAGCUCUGAAACCCAGUCCAGGAAGGUAUUUCUAAACAAGGCUGCGGACUUCAUCGAAGAGCUUUCUUCCCUUUUCAAAGCCCACAGCUCCAAGAGGAUUAGGCCUCGGGCCUGCAAGACCCACAAGAGCAAACCCGAGUCUCAGAGCAAGGGUGCGCCGGAGGGCAGCCCCAGCUUCUCAGACCUGACCGAGAGCCGAGAGAGAGCGUCGGUCCCCAUCCCCAUCCCCGCCGACAGCAGGGAUAACGCGGUGAACCACGCCAUCGAACAGCAGGAAGCCCGGAGGCGGGAGGCGGAGCAGGCGGAGGCUGCGGGUGGGGACACCACCCCUGGAUCUUCACCGUCGUCUGUGUACUAUGAAGAACCGCUGGGGCAGCCGCCCCGCUUCACACAGAAGCUGCGGAGCAGAGAAGUUCCCGAAGGAACCCGGGUCCAGUUGGAUUGCAUAGUGGUAGGAAUUCCACCGCCCCAAGUAAGGUGGUAUUGUGAAGGGAAGGAGCUUGAAAAUUCCCCAGACAUUCACAUCGCACAGACGGGAAAUCUGCACUCAUUGACCAUAGCCGAAGCCUUCGAGGAGGACACAGGAAGAUAUUCCUGCUUUGCGUCUAAUAUUUACGGGACAGACUCGACGUCUGCUGAGAUUUAUAUAGAAGGAGUUUCUUCCUCUGACUCAGAAGGGGACCCUAACAAGGAAGAGAUGAAUCGGAUCCAGAAGCCAAAUGAGGUAUCAUCACCUCCCACUACAUCUGCAGCCAUUCCUCCUGGGGUGCCCCAUGCCCAGCCUUCAGUGGCCCAGCCCAGAGUGUCUGCCAUUCAGCAGUGUCAGAGUCCCACCAACUAUUUGCAAGGACUGGAUGGAAAGCCCAUCAUUGCGGCACCUGUGUUUACAAAGAUGCUGCAAAACUUGUCAGCAUCCGAGGGGCAGCUGGUGGUCUUCGAAUGUAGAGUCAAAGGAGCUCCAUCCCCUAAAGUCCAGUGGUACAGAGAAGGAGCCCUGAUAGAAGAUUCUCCGGAUUUCAGGAUCUUACAGAAAAAGCCUCGAUCCAUGGCAGAGCCAGAGGAGAUCUGCACUUUGGUCAUUGCUGAGGUGUUUGCGGAAGAUUCUGGAUGCUUCACGUGCACUGCAAGCAACAAAUACGGCACUGUGUCGAGUAUCGCACGGCUGGACGUGAGAGGAAACGAAGACCUCAGCAAUAACGGGGCCCUUCACUCAGCCAACUCCACCACUAACCUGGCCGAGACUGAAGAACAGCCUUCCCCACCCAACCCAGAGCCUCCUUCUGGAGAACAUCCCCCAAAACCCAAACUCGAGGGGGUCCUGGUGAACCAUAGUGAGCCCCGGUCCAGCUCCAGGAUUGGGCUCCGGGUGCACUUCAACCUGCCUGAAGAUGACGAAGGAAGCCAAGCGUCCUCCGAGGGCGGAGUGGCCAACGCCAGCCAGGCCAGGCCCAAUUCCUUCCCUGAGAGGUUCAAUGGACAGGCAGCCAAAAUCGCCGAGCCUUCUUCACCCAUCAAAGAGCCCCCUCCAGUUCUGGCCAAACCCAAACUUGAUUCCACGCAGUUACAACAGCUUCAUAAUCAAGUAUUAUUGGAACAGCAGCAACUGCAAAACCCAUCUCCUCCUUCGCCUAAAGAGUUUCCUUUCAACAUGAGUGUCUUGAACUCCGUCGCUUCCCCGGCAGUGACCAUGUCCAGCAAGCAGGUGAAGGUCCCUGCAUCACAGACAUUCAACUUGGCACGGCCGAAGCAUUUCUUCCCCACCUCCAGCGCCGCCACGACAUCCCCAUCCAGCUCCCCCGUGUUCACCUUGAACAAUAUGCCUCAAACAAUUCAGAGGACAGUUAGCAAAGAAAGCCUCUUACUGUCUCACCCCUCUAUGCAAGCCAAAUCUCCAGGUGGAAUUUCCGUCCCAAACGAGCCAACUCCUCCAGGCCCAGCAGAGCCAGCAGCACCGCCACUCACAUUCUCCAGCCCCAGCGGAAACCAGUUUCAGCCCCACUGUGUGUCCCCAACUCCUGUCUCUCCUACCAGCCGGAUUCAGAACCCAGCGGCUUUCCUCAGCUCUGUCCUGCCUUCUCUCCCAGUCAACCCACCCACCAACGCCAUGGGACUGCCAAAAAGCGCACCAUCUGUACCAUCCCAGGGACUGAUGAAAAAAACCACCAAGUCUUCUCAAGCAACAAGUGAUGAUUACAUUCGAGAAACUAAGAAUGCAGUGAUUCUGGACUUGGGAAAGAAAAUGAGUUUCAGUGAUGUCAGGUCACACCAGCAGGAGUAUAAAAUUUCAAGCUUUGAACAGAGGCUGAUGAAUGAAAUCGAGUUUCGCCUGGAGCGUACACCUGUGGAUGAAUCGGAUGAUGAGAUCCAACAUGACGAGAUCCCCACGGGCAAGUGUAUAGCACCCAUCUUUGACAAAAGACUCAAACACUUCCGGGUGACAGAAGGUUCUCCAGUCACCUUCACCUGCAAAAUUGUUGGCAUACCUGUUCCAAAGGUUUACUGGUUCAAAGAUGGGAAGCAGGUUUCCAAGAGAAACGAGCACUGCAAAAUGAGGCGAGAAGGGGAUGGGACAUGUUCUCUGCACAUCAAAUCCACCACCAGUGAUGAUGAUGGCAACUACACCAUCAUGGCAGCCAACCCUCAGGGGAGAAUCAGCUGUUCUGGCCACUUGAUGGUACAGAGUUUGCCCAUUCGAAGUAGACUAAGCCCGGCUGGUCAGCCUCACAGGGGGAGGUCCAGAGUGCAAGAAAGAGACAAAGAACCCCUACAGGAACGUUUUUUCCGGCCACACUUCCUUCAGGCUCCUGGGGACAUGGUGGCUCACGAGGGCCGUCUCUGCCGGCUGGACUGUAAGGUGAGUGGCUUACCUCCCCCAGAGCUGACGUGGCUGCUUAAUGGCCAACCUGUGCUACAAGAUGCCUCCCAUAAGAUGCUGGUCAGAGAGACAGGAGUCCACUCCCUGCUCAUCGAUCCACUCACCCAGCGAGAUGCAGGGACCUAUACAUGUGUGGCUACCAACAAAACCGGAGAGAAUUCCUUUACUCUGGAGCUCACUGUAGUAGCUAAAGAAGUGAAGAAAGCACCCGUGAUCCUGGAGAAACUCCAAAACUGCGGAGUUCCUGAGGGCCACCCGGUGAGACUGGAGUGCCGCGUGGUCGGCAUGCCCCCACCUGUGUUCUACUGGAAGAAAGACAACGAGACUAUCCCUUUCACCAGAGAAAGGAUCAGCAUGCACCAGGACACAACAGGAUAUGUCUGCCUCCUCAUCCAGCCGGCCAAGAAAUCAGAUGCUGGAUGGUACACACUGUCAGCCAAGAAUGAAGCUGGCAUUGUGUCCUGUACAGCUAGGUUGGAUAUAUAUGCUCAGUGGCACCAGCAGAUUCCAGCACCCAUGUCUAUCCGGCCCAGUGGAAGCCGCUACGGAGCUCUUACUAGUAAAGGACUUGACAUUUUUUCGGCCUUUUCCUCCUUGGAAAGUACGAUGAUGUAUUCCUGUAGUUCCCGGAGUGUGGUGGAGAGCGAUGAACUUUAAUGGUGUCUGGGUACCUGCUGUGUAAGAGGGUGGACUAUGGAAAGGAAAGAGCAAGCCACCUGCAGUGGUUUCCAAACAACAGGAUUUGAGUGAGUUCCCAUCCUGCUGGACCUGUGGCAAGAAGUGUUUUGAGUAAGUUAAGCUGGGGACAUAUGGAGUCUCGGCUGACAGGGAGCUGUCAGCUGGGCACCUUAAAGACUCCAACAAUGAUGACAGCAGACAAAACACCCCACCAAAGAUGUUGCUACUGCCAUCUACAGCCUUGGGAAAAAGCUAGCAUGCUCCCCCCACCCCCUGUGUUAGGUACGUUUCAUCUCAACCAAGAAAUUAGGGGCCACUCGCCAGGCCUGAGAGAAGUUAGUAGCCACCUUAGGAUGUAUGCCAAGGAGAAAGAGGGGAGCUCACUGUCAUAUCUCCUGAUUGCAUUCAUAGCAGCAAUUUUGGUGAAUUCAUUAAAUGAGUUUCCACUUAACAUUAGAGAGUCUUGCUAUACCCCACCCCCAAGGUGGUAAAACAUGUAAUUUGCAUAUCCUGCCUAUGGGGCCCACACAGUAAGAAGACAAAAUUUGCUUGCAAUUUUUUAAAAAAACACUAAGACACCAAGGUACUCAAGAUUGCACUGUGAAUUUAAUCUGUGGCCAAAACAGGGCCCCCACAAUUUUCUUUCAGGCAGUGACUGGUUUUUCUUUCUGACUUGGCUUAUUCAUAGACUCUAAAAUUAAAUGGUUGUUAAACCAGUUAGGAAAAAAAAUUUUCAGCAGGCUCACUUUUAAAAACUACCAGCUUUGCUUGCCACUUGUAAGAUAUGUGGGUAGAGUCAUCAUUUGCCCAUAAAGUGCCACGGAUAUGCCCCUGCCCCUUCCCACAGACUCUGAGGGAGUGUCUGAGGCUGUGAGGGGGAAAGAGAUGCCAUCAAGAAGUGGAGAGGGUUAUGAUGCUGGCUGUUACCACAGUAGCUGGGAGAUACUUUCCGCUUUAAGCUCACCAUUUCCACCAGGCUGGUGGAGGAAAAGGGGAACACGCAUCUUUCUCUAAUCCACCCACCCAGAGCCCGCCUCUAAGCUUAAAGAAACUUUAGGCUUAAAUUCACACACAUCUGUAUCCAUCCCUAGUGCCUAGACAGGUACCAAGCACAGGAUAGACUUUCAAUGCACACUAACAGGUGAAUGACUUUCUCCCCGGGCACCAGAUCCUACCAUUCACAGGUCAGUCCUAACACCCUGGAAGUGAAUGUCAGAGCAGUUUGCUCCAGGCUCACCAGGGAUAUGAAUUGGAGGUGUCUGUUAUCAAUUCCCUUUGCUCAGGUCUGUGGUGUUCUCUGUGCCAAGCCCCAUCAGUGGGUGUCCUACUCAAGUGAUUUUAGCUAGAGGUAGUAAUUGCUUAGAAAGGCUUGAAACUUUCUUUGCUUCAAGGCAAGAAUUUCCAGUAUAAAAAUAAAUUAAUUCAC